CUGCAUGGAAGGGAGAGAGGAACUGUUGUGCAGUAGGAUGUGUGUUGGGAAGAGGAUGAGUCCUUGGUAGCCGGGUGCCUGACGAUGCCGAGCAUAUUUUCCUACCAGAGUGCCGAGGUGGAUUGGUGUGAGAGCAACUUCGAGCGCUCGGCGGUGAUUGCUGAGUACUACAACACCAUCAGCAAUGUCAGCUUCUUCAUGCUGUCUCCUGCACUGCUGUACCUGAACCGGCAGUACUGCCAGAAGAAGGCUGUGCCCCUCUACUUUAUCUCAGGGCUGCUCAUCCUCGUAGGUGUCUUCUCCAUGUACUUCCACAUGACCCUGAGCUACGUGGGACAGCUCUUGGAUGAGCUCUCCAUCCUCUGGACGCUGGCUGUGGCUUACUCCUUCUGGUACCCACAGGCUUACUUCCCCAAGUGCAUCAAGACCAGGAGGCAUUUCUUCUGGCUGACUGGUAUCACCACCGUGAUCAGCACCUUCAUGUCCUUCAUCAAGCCGACCCUCAAUGCCUACGCGCUCAACUGCAUCGCCUUCCACCUGCUGUACCUCACCUGGCGGGAGCUCAAGAAGUGCAAUGACAAACGGGUUCACCGGAUGGCCGCGGUCAUGGUCAUGUGGUGGGCACUGGCCAUCACCAGCUGGAUCAGUGACCGGUGGCUCUGCUGGCUCUGGCAGGCCAUCAACUUCCCCUACUUCCACAGCUUCUGGCACGUGCUGAUAGCCCUGUCCCUGCUGUACUGCUGCCCACUGGUCAUCUACUUCGACGUCAGCUACGAGAUGCCCUCGUUCAAGCCAAAGCUGGAAUACUGGCCCAGCGACUCAUGGCCUGUUGUGGUGCCCUACGUCACCCUGGAGGAACCCCACAAGCAGUGCUAGAGCUGGGUGCCCUCAGGCCUCCCUGGGGCAUGGGGCUUGUGAUGCUCACAUGGGGAACAUCUCAGUUGUGUUCCUCCUGUUCCUCAGGAAGGGACAGAGUGGUAGCAGAGGGGGCAGGGAGCAGCUGAGGCCUCAUGAUGCUGGGCAUGAA